GUUGGACUCUCGCGAUAUUUGCCUCCAGUCUCGCGAGAUUUGGCGUGGCACUGGGCGGCUGGCCCGGACGGGGAGGAGGUGGCGUUCCGUUGGUGACGUUGGGCUCCGGCGGCGCCGGCAGGGCGUUCUCCCGCGCUGACCCGGAGCUGUGCGGCCAGCUCCAGCCGCCGCCGCCGCGCUCGCGAUGGGCGCGCAGGACCGGCCGCAGUGCCACUUCGACAUCGAGAUCAACCGGGAGCCGGUUGGUCGAAUUAUGUUUCAGCUCUUCUCAGACAUAUGUCCAAAAACAUGCAAAAACUUCCUGUGCCUGUGCUCAGGGGAGAAAGGCCUUGGGAAAACAACUGGGAAGAAGUUAUGUUAUAAAGGUUCUACAUUCCACCGUGUGGUUAAAAACUUUAUGAUUCAGGGUGGGGACUUCAGUGAAGGUAACGGGAAAGGUGGAGAGUCCAUCUAUGGCGGAUACUUUAAAGAUGAAAACUUUAUUCUCAAACAUGACAGAGCGUUCCUUUUGUCAAUGGCAAAUCGAGGGAAACAUACCAAUGGUUCCCAGUUUUUCAUAACUACAAAGCCUGCUCCACACCUGGAUGGGGUUCAUGUUGUCUUUGGACUGGUUAUCUCUGGGUUUGAAGUAAUUGAACAGAUUGAAAAUCUGAAAACGGAUGCUGCAAGCAGACCUUAUGCAGAUGUCCGAGUUAUUGACUGUGGGGUGCUUGCCACAAAGUUGACCAAAGAUGUGUUUGAGAAAAAAAGGAAGAAAGUAACACAUUCAGAAGACUCGGACUCUUCUUCCAGUCCCUCGUCGUCUUCAGAGUCAGCCUCAGAAAGCGAGGUUGAACAGGAGAGAGUCAGAAAGAGGAGACAUAAGAGGAGGGCAAAAGUCAGACGUACUAAAAAGAGACGGAAGGAGAAGAGUGGCUCAGAGGAAGUGAGGAGGAAGCGCACAGUGAGCCCUGCAGGUUAUUCUGAAAGGAGUGAUGUAAAUGGAAAAAGAUCAGGUGACUCAAAUGCUAAAAGAGAGAAGCCUGUAGUCCGUCCAGAAGAAAUCCCUCCAGUUCCAGAGAACCGAUUUUUACUUAGAAGAGAUAUGCCUGCUGUCACGGUGGAGCCUGAGCCGAACAUUCCAGAUGUUGCACCUGUUGUAAGUGAUCAGAAACCAUCUGUGUCAAAGUCUGGACGGAAAAUUAGAGGAAGAGGCACAAUUCGCUAUCACACACCUCCAAGGUCAAGAUCCCGUUCUGAGUCCGAAGAUGAUGGCAGCAGUGAAACCCCCCCUCACUGGAAGGAGGAGAUGCAGAGACUGAGAGCUUACAGGCCACCAAGUGGAGAAAAGUGGAGCAAAGGAGACAAGCUGAGUGACCCCUGUUCAAGCCGAUGGGAUGAAAGAAGCUUGUCCCAGAGAUCCAGAUCAUGGUCCUAUAAUGGAUACUAUUCAGAUCUUAGUACAGCAAGGCACUCUGAUGGUCACCACAAGAAACGCAGAAAGGAAAAGAAGUUUAAGCAUAAGAAAAAAGCUAAAAAGCAGAAACACUGUAGAAGACACAGACAGACGAAGAAGAGAAGACUAGUUGUGCCACCUGAUUUGGGACCCUCGAGACCUUCCACCCACCGAAGGAAGUCCUCUUGUGAUAGAGGAAGGAGAUCCCGUGUCUCCUCCUCCUCUUCCUCUCAUCACUCAUCCAAGCGGGACUGGUCUAAAUCAGACAAGGAUGACCGGAGCUCUUCAACCCACUCCAGCAGAAACUCCUACAGAUCCAAGUCUCAUUCACGGUCUUAUUCUAGAGGGAGCUCAAGAUCAAGGGCUUUGUCAAAGUCCAGAUCUAGUUCCAGGUCAGGGCACCGAAGAACAGCAUCAAAAUCACCAAAAAAGCCUGCUCAGUUGAGUGAAAAUAAGCCAGUUAAGACAGAACCUUUAAGAUCAUCGGUACCACAGAAUGGAAAUGUGCUAAUACAGCCAGUAGCCGCAGAGAACAUUCCUGUAAUACCUUUGAGUGACAGCCCUCCCCCUUCUCGGUGGAAGCCUGGCCAGAAGCCCUGGAAGCCCUCCUAUGAGCGAAUUCAGGAGAUGAAGGCUAAAACAACCCACUUGCUGCCUGUGCAAAGCACAUACAGUUUAACAAAUAUUAAAGAGACUAGAAGUUCAUCAUCCUAUCAUAAAAGGGAAAGAAAUUCAGAAAGUGAUGGGAGCACUUAUUCAAAGUACAGUGAUAGGAGUUCUGGGGGCUCAGGGAGGUCAGGGGGCAGGUCUUCUAGGAGCAGGUCAUCCUCCAGAUCAUACACAAGGUCAAGGUCGCGAAGUCCACCUACUUCGAGAUCACAGUCUAGGUCUCCUUCCUCUAGGUCGCGCUCACAAAACAAGUACAGUGGUGGCUCCCAGCCCAGCAGGUCGUCUUCAUACACUUCUGUUAGUAGUGACGAUGGGGGACGGCCCACAAGGACACGUAGAUCCAGGGGGGGGAAAAGUGUCACUGUAAAUAGAAGACACUGCAGCAGCUCGAAAAAGAUUGUUCACAGUAAGUAUGUUAAAGGCAGAGAGAAGUCAUGUCAUAGGAAAUACAGUGAAAGCAGGUCGUCUUUAGAUUACUCUUCAGCCAGUGAACAGUCACAUGUUCAAGGUGUGCACUCAACCCCCGAGAAGAAGCAGGGGAAAAUAGAAGUAUUGAAUGAUAAGCAAGGGAAAAACAGAGAAGAAGGAAAGUCCAAGCUUGAAUGGGAAAAGAGAGCUUUGAAAGAGAGUCUUUCUGAUCACCCUAGAGAUGGCAGUAAGUCCAGAAGGAAGCAUUGUGCUGGAAGCAAGUGGGACUCUGAAUCAAACUCGGAACAAGAUGUGGCUAAGAAGAGGAAAAGUGUUCCUCGGAGAUGCUCGGAUAAAGAGGAGGGCGAAGCCUCUUCAGACUCCGAGUCAGAAGUUGGUCAGAGUCACCUCAAACCCCCAGCAAAGUCUUCAGGAAACACUUCUCUGCCUGACAGUAACAGUGCCUGGAAGUCUAGGAGACCACAGUCUUCCGCCUCUGAGUCAGAGGGCUCCUGCUUCAGCUUGAGAAGCAUUAGAGCGGAGCCCCAGAAGCAAAAAUGCCCAAAGGACAGUCUUAAAGGGGAUCACAGGAAAAAGGUGAGAGAGAAACCGAAAGCCAAAAAAGACAAAAAACACAGGGCGCCAAAACGGAAGCAAGCCUUUCGUUGGCAGCCUCCACUAGAGUUUGGUGACGAGGAGGAGGAGGAGGUGAGCGGGAAGCAAGUUACACAGGGGCCGAAAGAGAAGUGUGAGGCCGGGAAAGACACUGUUCCUAAGGUAGAGGGGACCUGUGAUGAAGGUGGCUGUCCCAGCAAGCCUAAGAAGGGGGCUUCAGAGCAUGACCUGCUUGCGGAGGGUGACCGCAAUCCCAGCCCUUGCCCUGCACCUCUGAAAGCGGAAGAAAAUGCCACCAGCUCUCCCCCUAGCACCCAGCACGUUGAAGAGCAUGUCCCAGGUGGAGGGGAGGACGUGCUUCAGACAGAUGACAAUAUGGAAAUUUGCACUCCUGAUAGGAGUUCCCCUGCAAAGGGGGAGGGGGUGUCCCCAUUAGCAAACCACAGAAUGGACAGCCCAGAGGUGAGCAUUAUUCCUGAGCACCUUGAGCUCAUGGCACAGUCCAGAGCAGGAGGGAAACGAGACAGCAUUGUGCCUGACAGUAAAACCUCAAAUGAAGGUGGGAAACAGGACAGCUCUGCCAGCCUGGCCAGUCCUGUAGAAAUUGCUGGAAAGAAGGAUGGGGCUGAGAAAAGCCAGAUGAACCUCACAGAUAAGUGGAAGCCACUGCAAGGUGUAGGAAAUCUGGCAGUGCCUACUGCAACCACAGCCAGUGCUCUGGAUGUGAAGCCAUUGGCUCCUGUGCCUGAAGUGAAGCCACAAGGCUUGAGAAUAGAAAUCAAAAGCAAAAAUAAAGUUCGGCCCGGGUCUCUCUUUGAUGAAGUAAGAAAGACAGCACGCCUGAACCGUAGGCCACGGAAUCAAGAGAGUUCCAGUGAUGAGCAGACACCUAGUCGGGAUGGUAAUAGCCAGUCCAGGAGUCCACACAGAUCUCGAAGUAAAUCUGAAACCAAAUCUAGACACAGAACAAGGUCUGUCUCCUAUAGUCACUCAAGAAGCCGAUCUAGAAGUUCCACAUCAUCUUACCGAUCAAGAAGCUACUCGAGAAGCCGGAGCAGAGGUUGGUACAGCAGAGGCCGAACCCGCAGCCGGAGUAGUUCCUAUGGAAGUUUCCAUAGCCACAGGACAUCCAGCAGGAGCAGGUCCAGGAGCAGCUCCUAUGACCCCCACAGUCGCUCCAGAUCGUACACGUAUGAUAGCUACUACAGCCGGAGUCGCAGCCACAGCCGCAGCCAGAGGAGUGACAGUUACCAUCGAGGGAGAAAUUACAGCAGGCGGUCCAGGAGCGGUAGAUCCUAUGGUUCGGACAGUGAAAGUGAUAGAAGUUACUCUCAUCACCGGAGCCCCAGUGAGAGCAGCAGAUACAGCUAAAGCAGCUUUGUACACAGAUUGUAUCUUAAUUGUAAAUACCUGGUAACUUAAAGCUGAAGAAACUGGAUGGCAGUCUGUUGUGUUUCAGUAUUAGAGCUCAAAUCCAACAGUGGAUAUUUCUUGUCACUUAUUUACAUGUGUGCGGAAGAAUUUAAAGCACAGAUGUCAACUAGAAAUAUUUUUAUGUCCCAUUUUACAGUAGACAACUAUGGAAUUUUCAUUUUCUUGAAUCAAGAAAUGGUGAAAUUGGUGUAAGUAUAAUUUGCAGUGUUACUUUAGGUAAGAGUUUUUCUGUAGCUCACAUAGUCCAUAGAAUUCAGGUUUGUCAGUGUUUUCAGGUUUUAGCAUCUAUGCUGCCAAACAAUUGUGAAGAGCUGUCACAAGCCCCGUGUCCCCGUGCCGGUCAUAGUCUUGUGUGUGUGUGCUGUCAAAUCAGGCCAUCCGCGUCAUAUUGACCGGCCAGGUGUGCAUGGUGGUGGCUCCUGCCGCCAUGGCUGCCUUUGCACAGAGCCUGUCAGAGACUCAGAUGGUGGUUGCUGCUCCCCAGCUCCCUCCCGCCUUGGUGCUUGGUGCCUUUGGUUCCUCUUGCACCUUACUUCAUGUGCUACACGUCCUGCUGCCAGAAGAGAGAAUCAUGGCUUGUUUUUAAAUUCACUGGCACCGAAUUUUAUUUCCUCUGAGCUGGGCUCACUGGGUGUAGGGGCUUCCUCCAAACAGGUACCUGUUGGAGGUCAGUUGGAACAGAGCCUGUGAGGUUGGCACAUGUGUGCCAGAAGAGCCCGCUGAAGAGUGGACUUCAGAAACAACUCCACAGUCUUUAAUUUCCACACUCAAGAGACAUUUUGGCAAGCAAAGCUUUGCUCUCACACUGUGGCAACAACCAGCCUUUUCCCUGUUUGUGUUGAGACCCCAGUGACUCCGUGAAGCCAAGCCUGACCGGAGAGAACCCAGGACAAGAGUUGGGGCAGGAGGAUCACAGGCUGCUGCACAGAUGUUCUUGUGGCUUUUCGUGGUUCCUCCAAAAUAACUGAGCCUGUAGAAACUAGUUUGGGUUUGUUUCUUGGUUUUACUCUUCAGUUUGCAUUCUUUCCCCCAAGUGUACUUAAUCACCUUAGUGCCGGUUUAAUCCCGUUCACAGAAGGAACUCCGUAUGUGGUGUGGAUGUCUAUACCAUCCAACUCCAGGCCUUGCUGAUAUAUGAGGGAAGAGAAAAGCCUCGACCUGGAGGAGCUUACAGCCUGGCCCAACAGAGGGAGGCACUGGAUGUGUGAAAAUGGUCUUCAGGGCCAUGUGGCAUGGCUCAGAGUUAGAAUAGCAUACAAUGAUGCUCUGAGUUCGUGACCAGCACCCCAAAAUAAAUAAUGCUGUCACCCUAUGAGGUGACUAACAAUUGUUCAGCAUGCCAGGAAAUACAAGUUCAUCGGAGAACAUGAGGAGUCAGUGCUUGCUGGUGAAGAGUAAAUGUGGUUUAUAGUGGGGCUUUUUUUCCUAAAAGUUUCUUGCAAACAAGAUGUUUAAUCUACUAGCUGAUGAGAAGAAUGCAUUCAGAGCCCCAACAGACUGCCAAAUGGAAUUAGUAAGGAAAGGUCACUGUUGGGCAAUGUGUUGUUUUGUAGCUGUAUGACAAGUUAUCCCAAAUUUCUCAGCCUAAAAUAGUGCCCAUGCAGCAUUGACUAUUAAUUUUGUAGUCCUUGGUUGACUUCACUGCUCAGGGCCUCAAGACUGUGACUCAGUGCUGAGAGGGUGUGUUCCUCAUGAAGACUCGGGAGGUGUGACUUUCUUGUAGACUGUCAACCUGGGUCCCUCUAGGCUCCUUGGAGGCUGCCCACAUCCCUCUUCAACAGGGUUCCUUUGAGUCUUUGUCUUUUUUCAAAACCUCUGCCUUCCUCCUGUUUCAAGGGUCCAUGUGACUAGAUCAGACAAGAUCAGAGCGCAGUCCCUAUCUGUAGUCCAGUGGCCAGAGGAGUUACGGGCAUUGGCAGGGUUCUGGGGGUCGGCAUAGGAAGAGACAGGGCAUGCCACCUGCUGCUGCCACCAUGGACAGGGCUUAACCUGUCCAGCACAGGCUGUCAUUCUCAGCAUUGUCCGCCUGGCUGUUUAUAUUCAAGUGAACAACAGAAAUGACUUUUCUUCCUAACCAGGAUCAUUCUGUAUUUUGAAGUUAUUUUUUUAAUAAAAUUAAAUUAUGUUGUGUAAUGUGCUUAAUAGAAAUGCUUUAUUGGACAGUUUUGUAACAUCCUGUUUACUGCAAAUGGCAUAGUUGAUAUUGUCAAUGUAGAAAAUACUUUUGUACAUACUAGCAGUGCUUCAUUUGUAUAUACCAAUUAAAUUCCCCUACAACUUGAAAA